UUACCCUAGCGGAGGAGAGAAACGAUUGCGGAUUGCAUUGGGGGCGACGAGUGCGUGCGUGCAGCCACAGGCGUCGGCACCAUGUCUUUCACCGGCACGCAGGACAAGUGCACGGCGUGCGACAAGACCGUCCAUUUCAUCGACCUCCUCACGGCCGACGGCGUCAUCUACCACAAGACAUGCUUCAAGUGCAGCCACUGCAAGGGGAUCCUCUCGAUGUGCAGCUACUCUUCCAUGGACGGUGUGCUGUACUGCAAGACCCACUUCGAGCAGCUCUUCAAGGAGACCGGGAGCUUCUCCAAGAAGUUCACGCCAGGUUGCAAGUCAGACAAGGGUGAACUGGCAAGGGCCCCAAGCAAGCUAUCGUCUGCAUUUUCUGGUACUCAGGAUAAGUGUGCAGCAUGCCAGAAAACAGUGUACCCGCUGGAGAAGUUAACUUUGGAAGGCGAGGCCUACCACAAGAGCUGCUUCAAGUGCUCACACGGGGGCUGCAUCCUGACCACCUCCUCCUACGCCGCGCUCAACGGCGUCUUGUACUGCAAGAUCCACUUCGGGCAGCUGUUCAUGGAGAAGGGGAGCUACAACCACAUGAAGAAGAAGAGCACGUCCCAGGAGGUGCUGCCGGACUUGGCUGCCGAGGAGCAACCUCCGCAACCAGCGGCACCGGAAGAUGAGAAAGGAGAGGACAACUAGGAGCAAGCGAUGAUCCAUAUAUAUCACGCAGACAGAAGUUUGCGUCUGCCAUUUUUCUUUACGACGCUUCUUUAUUCCCUCCUCUUUUCUUUUCUUAAUCUUUCUGUGAACUCGGUUUGUCAUCAAGCUGUAAGUGUACCAGAUGCCCUCGUUACGUCUGAGGCUCAUGACAAUGGCAAUUUUGGCAUGGAGCUGUGUUAGCCUCGCGGAAAAAUUGUAACUUUGUAAGCAGAACUCUACUACUUUGAAUAUACGAUCCUAACAAUGUUGUCCUUAUAA